AUAGGCAGAAGGGUUGCAUGUGUAACGUUGUGAGAGGGGGAAAACAGUGUUAGCGCGAGCUCGAGGUCGCAACAUUCUUGUCAGUCCACAUCUAUAAAGUUUAUGAUACGAAGUCAGUUAGUCAUACUGCGUUUUUAUCGUGUGACGAAUAAUUGCACAAUUAAUAUAAUACCUUCGUUAGUUUUGCAUACAUGGUGUGAAAAAGUUAUUCAAAGUCGGCUUUCACUGACAUCCCGCGCUAUUAUGCGGACGCAAUAGAUAUCAAAGAGAAUGACAGAAUGUGAAUGAAGAACUUCGUAGCAGAGAAGUAAUCAAGCGCUUGGACGUGGUUGAGCUGAUAAAACAACAGAAUCGGCUGGAAUUGAAAGUUACUUUAUCAAAAAGACGAGGAAAUCAUCCAGAGACUGGAAAUUGCGCAGCGUAACUAGGGACUAUGUGAUAGAUGAUCCAACAGUUGGACUGAAGUCACCACCAUCCUUUAUUCGGAAAACCAAUCAACUUCAACUGCGAAUUUUCUGCUAUAGCUGAGUCGAGAAUAUUCUUUCUAUUUCGGCCUUUUUUUUAACGCGUUCUUCGAAACAUACGUUGAGAGGACGAUGAGGUUGAAAGAUAAUUCUAACGGAAAAACUUAUGAAUGUAGUGCGCUCGUUCGAAGAGCAUAUUUUUCUUUGGACUAUUAGAAAAUUUUUAUGUUAAUAAAAUCCAUACAUCUGAAUUAUUAAUAUAUAUUACGUGUAAAAUAACGAGCUUGAAUUAUUAACAUUAAAAUGAAGUUUUAAUGUUACGCCUAGCUAUUUUAAAACGGUGAAAAGGAACCUCUAAUUCAAACAAAUACAAAUUGAACAAUCUCGGAGAGUCAACUUAAAGGAUGGGGAUUCCUGGCCUCACAACAUUUAUCUCAAAUUAUUCUGAACAUUUUCUUGUAAAUUAUAAACUACAUGAUACUUAUCUAGUAAUUGAUGGCGCUACUUUAGUAAGCCAUUUGUACGAUGCAAGUUGUAAUAACGCUUUUGGUGUAGAUUAUGGUAAAUUUGCACAAUGUGUAUCGGAAUUUUUUGACGAACUUUUGAAGUGCAAUGUCACUCCAUUAGUAUUAUUUGAUGGAGCCACUGAAGACAAAAAACUCAAGACAAAAAUAAUUCGAACUAGUAAGAAGAUACGAUUAACAUCAUGUUAUACAUAUGGUACACCAUCUGUUCAGCAGCAAAAGAAAUUAUUUACUCCAUAUAAGAAGAAGAUUUUUCAGGAAGUCAUGGAAGAAAAAGGCAUUAGGUAUGCAAAAUGUAUAUUUGAAGCAGAUGAUACUAUAGUUGCAAUAGCACGUAUUCUCAAGUGUCCUAUAUUGAGUUAUGAUUCUGAUUUCUAUAUAUCUGGAUCAUUGUAUAUACCAAUUAAUACAUUGCAAAAUGAUAUUGUGCGUAAUUCAGCAGACAAUGGUUAUAUGAAACAUUGCAAGGUUUAUCAUGUCGAGAAUCUUUUCCAUUUUUAUAACGGACUUAAUCAAUCCUUAUUACCAUUGGCAUCAGUAUUAUUAGGAAAUGACUAUGUGGAACAACGUACAUUUAACAACUUUUUCCGUCAUUUAAAAUUGCCACCAGCAGAGCGGAAAAUGUUCAACGAACGAUUACGUCGUAUUGAUGCCACAUUUAAUUGGUUGCGAAGGUACAGUUUAAGCCAAGCUAUAAUAGAAAUACUAAGUAGACUACCAAAAGAAAAACGACAAUAUGUGUUAAAUAUAAUAGAAACGAUGAUAAAUAAUUAUACUGACGUGCCGCUGAGUUUGCUGGCUAUAUUGGGUAUACCUGCAGAGAAAUUCUCAGAAAAACACGUGCAGGAUACAUCCAAGCCAUAUAAAUUUGAAGGUGAUAUAGAUAAAUUGAUAUAUAUUGAGGAAGAGGCAUAUGAAACAAACAUAAGUGACACAGAAGAAAUAGACGAGCAACAAGCAAGCAACAUACUUGAGAAAAUAGGAUUGGUUUCUAAUGAAUCACUUAUUAACAACUUGCCUGAGUGGUUUAUUAAAGAAUUCAUGAUGGACAGAUAUCCAAGUUACUUCAUUAAUUUAAUAAUACGGAAAUUGUAUAUUUUCACUGCAGGGAUUGAAGAUUAUACUUGUAGAUCGUCUGGCAUUGCAAGUUUGCAAAUUUUAAAUGUUAUAUACCGGCUGCUGAUGUCAGGAAUAGACAAAGAGAAAACCAGCAUGAAGUUUAUAGCCAGGGGUGAAAAUGUGAGAAUAAAAUAUGAUUGUUUGGAAUACAACGAUGAUAUGUUUGGUGAUAAACUUCCCUCUCUGUCUAACUUGAGAAAGAUACCGAUUACGAUUAGAAAAGAAAUCUUGAACACUACUUUGGGAGUUACCAGUCAAAAUUGUAUGAAUGAUUUUCCAUCAGCGUGGAUGUUAUAUGUAGCGACCAUGAAGUACUGGAUAGAUCAACAGCAAGAACAACCAAAGCUUAUGUACCAUAUAUAUUCCUUAUUACUUGCUAUGCUAUAUAAUAUAAUAGAUUUAAAUGUAGGCGUUUAUAGAAAUUUAGACACUUUUCAACAAAAAUUCGAUGAAACCAUACAAAAUAUUCAGUCUGCAAGAAAAAUUAAAAACUAUCGACUAGAGUAUUCAAUGAAUCUUACAAUCUUAGAUGCGAUUUACGCAGUUAGCGCGGAUGAUUGUUUGAUCGCAGCUCCGUUCUUUAUAUCUAAUUUCGAAAUAGACGAUGAACUGUAUUCGCAACCAGAGAAAGUUAAUGUUACGAUCGUGCACAGUUUGACGGAGUUUCAACAUUGUUUGAAAUUUAGUAUGGAUUUAAAUGCAUUAUUAGGAUGCCCAUAUAGACCUAUGAAGAUCUUGAAAUUGUACAGUGGUGUAUUGUUAUAUAAUCUGUGUAAUAAUUUUAAGAGACAUGAAAAUGUUGAAGCUUAUAUAAAUUCGGUUUUACAUAAUUCUCCAAGUCUAGAGCGUCUGUUCAAUAUAUUGCUGUUAAAAUUCAAGUCUUUAUCUAGUAAGUGGGCGAUGCAGGUGAAUGUCAGUAAAUAUGAAAAACAAAAUCCAGAAUACGAAAAAAAACAAGAGUCUGCACAAGAAAAUCAUCUAGAAAAGUCUGCGUAGAAAUGUGACAGCCCCGAUGGAAAUAUUUUACUGAAUUUAUAAUUAUAUAUUAUAUAUUAAUUUUUAUAUUAUAAAUUUUUAUAUUUUUAUAAUAUAUUAACGAUUAAGAUACAAUGGGAUUGUGAACAAUAUAUUUUUUUCAGAUUUUUAUGUCAAUAAAAUUUAAACAUCUGAAUUAUUAAUACAUAUUUUGU